AACAAAACGGAAUUUCUAAAGAUCAUACUAUUGUAUAUUUGGAUCCGUUUAUUAGUUUUAAGAAAAGAUUAACAAAAUUAUCACCUGCUAAAUCAUUUACUGUAAUAAAAAUGGCUUCCAAACAAUCAGAUAAACAGUUUAUACUGUCAGAGAAUGAAUUCAACAAAAUGGCUUAUGACAAUACAGGUAUGAUGAUGAAUUCACAGGAUAUUGAUGAAAUGCACGUGCAAAUAUGGGAGCAAUUCGACUUGCCCAGACCAAAUCAAGUCAGUCUGUACACAAUGCUGAUCAAGAUCGAUACAGCUGUUGGGGUCGAUUUACUCACUGUAUUCGAAGUGCAUGGGCAACAAGGUUAACUGAGGAUACUAAAGGCAACCGUGAAUUAUACAUUCAUACUACAUUAAGAGAAUUGGUCAUCUAUGUAUUCUUUUUGGUCACUUUAAUGAUCGUUGCUUAUGGUCCAUUCAACUCAAAUACUUACCUAUUGACGAGUAGUAUGCGAAAAUUGUUUCUAGAAAAUCGCGUGGCUAAUGGUACAGAUUCUCUGAAUAGUGUGGACACAUUUGAUAGUCUGUGGGCGGUAAUAAAGGGUCCUAUCAUGGAUAAUUGGUACAAUGAUGCAUGGUACAAUUCUCAACCGUUCGUAUCUGCGAACAAUUUAACUUUAUUAUAUCAAAAUCUUUUAAUCGGUGUGCCACGUUUACGACAAUUACGUAUGCCAUCCAACUCAUGCCUUGUACCAAUCUACUUUUCUGAUGACAUCAAAGAAUGCUUUGCUGAAUAUCAAGAAUCCAGUGAAGAUAAACAGCCAUUUGGAUUAGAAAAUGGUACAGCAUGGAUAUACACACCACCAAAAGUAUUGGGCAUGUCUUCAUUUUGGGGUUCAGUUGGUAUUUACGGUGGUGGUGGAUAUUACGAAGAUUUAUCACGUGAUCGAGAUACCGCAACUAGUCAAUUGGACAAUUUAUUUCAAAACUUAUGGUUGGACAGAGGAAGUAGAGCAUUAUUUCUACACUUUACGACAUACAAUGCAAAUAUGAAUUUAUUCUGCACUGUUGAAAUUGUCAUUGAAGCGCCUCCUUCUGGAAGCCUAAUAGUAACCAAUGCUUUUAGAACAGUUAAACUACUACGUUAUGUAACACCAUUCGAUUACUUUGUACUGGCAUGUGAAUGCGCAUUCCUGGUAUUUAUAGCCUACUAUAUUGUUGAAGAAAUCAUGGAGAUAAAAAAGCUGAAAUGUAUCUAUUUCGCUUCAGUAUGGAAUUGUCUUGAUGUGAUUAUCAUUUUGAUCAGUAUUGUAUGCAGUGCAUUCAAUGCUUACCGGACAAUCAAUGUGUUGAAUAUGUUGGAGGAUAUUUUACAAAGACCUGAUAAUUUUGCUAAUUUUCAAUUAUUAAGCAUUUGGCAGAUGAAUUUCAACUAUGCAGUAUCAUUCACUGUCUUUCUAGCCUGGGUUAAGUUAUUUAAAUACAUCAGUUUCAAUAAAACUAUGACACAACUGAGUUCCACUUUGGGUAGUUGUGCAAAAGACUUGGCUGGUUUCGCUGUCAUGUUCUUCAUUGUAUUCUUUGCGUUUGCACAACUUGGUUAUCUGGCCUUUGGAACACAAGCAAAGGAUUUCAGUUCUUUUAUAACAACUGUCUUUACCCUGUUUCGUAUUAUCUUGGGUGAUUUUGAUUUUAAUGCAUUACAGACAGCAAAUAGAGUGUUUGGACCAAUCUAUUUUAUAGUCUAUGUAUUUUUCGUCUUCUUUGUACUCAUCAAUAUGUUCAUUGCUAUUAUAAAUGAAACAUAUUCAUCUGUGAAAUCUGAUUUAGAAAAACAACCGAAUGAAUUUGAAGUGAAAGAUUUCUUGAAAGAUAGAAUGCAAAAUAUGCUUCAAAAAAUGAAGAUAAAAAAGAAACGGAUUGAAAAUAUUCAAAAAGCCAUGGAAUUGUCUGAUUUAAACAGAGAUGGACAGUUGGAAUUUCAUGAAAUGUGGAAUCAUUUAAAAUCAAAAGGUUUCAGUGAUGAAGAAAUAAAAACGGUUUUUGAAAAUUUUGAUGAGAACAAGGAUAACAUACUUUCACGCACAGAACAACUGAAGAUGAAAGCAGAAUUAGAAGAACAAAAGAUGGUGUUAGUGUCUGAGUUGGCCAAAGAAGAACGAUUAGAUUUAGAUACAGAAUCGAAAGAAACUGUAUCGAAAAAACCAUUGAAUGUACAAACUAAGCCAGAAGUGAAACAAAAUGAAUUUAUGCAACUAUACAAACGUGUCAAUCGUAUUGAAAAUGGAAUGGGUCAAGUGAUUGGACAUAUUGAAGAUGUGUUGAAAGCAUUAGCACUUAUUGAAAAGACGAAAGUUAUACGUAGAGAAACAAUGACACAAUUUCUGCAAACUAUUAUUACAACAAGUCCACAAGAUAGAGGUGAUCGAUUGGGUGAUAUUAUUCAAGUUGGAUUAGAUGAUAUGAAUAGUACAGUUGAUUUACAAAAUAAAUAAUCUUACCGAUUCGUAUGAAUAAACGUUCAUAUUGUGUUCAAUGUGUUCAAUAA